UUGCUGAUUGGCGUUUUGCUGAUGGACCAACAAAGCUAAUUUAAUCAAGACAAUUAGCAUCCAGCCAACCACCAAACCGUAUAGUACUCCUGUACUGCUCCCAUACGCCAACCAUCACUUGAGAUUCAGAGAUUAAAAACAAACAAAGAAGGCACACCACUCUCCCAUAGCAUUUCAAAAAGGUAGAUAAGGAGUUGCAACCUCCAUUGCCAGAGCUCCACAUAUAUACAUACACACUAACACACACAGCUUAUACAAAGAGGGUCUUCCAGAACGCACCUGUGUUUCGCAGCAGCCAUGGGGGAAGAGUUCACAUUCCCCAGCUGCACCCAGCCGGAGCAGCGCGGCGGCGCCAGCAAGAGCCUCGCUUUCCCCCAAUUCGCCUCGCCGCCGCCGUGGUUCUUCGUCUCCGUUCCCGGCGCCGACGAGGACCGCCACCGGCGGUGCUUCUCCGCCGUCGAGAAGCCAACCAAGGUCACCAACAAGGACGACGGCUACUACUACAUCCAUGGCGGCGGCGGAUCGGAGAGGUUCGCGAUGGCGGAGGAGCAGCACAAGAUGGACAUGCUGUGGGAGGACUUCAACGAGGAGCUCGCCCGCGCGCCGCCGCCGUGCCCGCUGAGCAAGGAGUGGGCCAGCGAGGCGUGGCUCCCCGGCGACGAGGCGCGAGCAGCCACCCGGCAUGCGGUCGUCGUCCCCGGCUCCGGCGGUGUAGUCCGGCGGAGGAGGCUGAGCCUGCUGGUGAUGCUGAAGCUGCUCAGGAAGCUCUUCCUCGCGCGCAAGUCCACAUCCAGGAAGACGCCGCCAACCUGAACCCUGAUUCUGCAAUUCCGAUGAGGAGAUUACAUAAAGAGUGGAUGGAUCGAUGUUUCUAUACAUCUAAGGUGUAUAUAUCGAUGUAUUAUGAUCGAUUAAUACAUCUUUUUAGGAUUUUGCUGAUGAAUCUUCUUGCUUGUUUCUAGCAUCACUUUGUCUGUGUUUAGUUAUGCUCUGUUUGAUUACACCUGCCUAUCAGAACAUACUGAAUAUGCUUCUUUCGUUAUA